AUGGAGGAGGCCUGGGCCGGGCGGCGGGCGGGCGGCCUGAGGGGGCGGCCGCGGGACCGAGAGGGCGAGGCGGCCGGCGGCGGCGGCUCCUCCAUGGCGGCCGUCGCGGCCGAGCUCUUCGAGGAGCCUUUUGUGGCAGACGAGUACAUUGAACGCCUGGCGUGGAGGACCCCUGGUGGAGGUUCCCGAGGUGGCGUGGAAGCUUUUGAUCCCAAAAGAUUACAAGAAGAAUUUGUAAAUCAUAUUCAAGAACUGAAGUUGCUUGAUGAAAGAAUCCAGAGAAGAGUGGAAAAGUUGGAGCAGCAGGUCCAGAGGGAAGCCAAGGAAUUUGCCAAGAAAGUUCAGGAAUUGCAGAAAAGCAACCAGGUUGCCUUCCAACACUUCCAAGAGCUGGACGAGCACGUCAGCUACGUGGCCACCAAAGUCUGUCACCUUGGCGACCUGCUGGAGGGGGUAAACACGCCGCGGCAGCGGCUCGUGGAGGCUCACAAACUGAUGAAAUACUUUAAUGAGUUUCUUGACGGAGAGCUGAAGUCUGAUGUUUUCACCAACCCUGAGAAGAUUGAAGAGGCAGCCGACAUUAUCCAGAAGCUGCACUUGAUAGCCCAGGAAUUACCUUUCGACAGGUUUUCUGAAGUGAAAUCCAAAAUCGCAAGUAAGUAUCACGAUCUCGAGUGCCAACUGAUCCAGGAGUUUACGAACGCUCAGCGAAGGGGGCAGAUCUCCAGGAUGAGAGAAGUCGCUGCGGUCUUGCUUCACUUUAAGGGCUAUUCCCACUGUGUUGAUGUGUAUAUAAAACAGUGCCAAGAGGGAGCCUACCUGAGGAGUGAUAUCUUUGAAGACACGGCCGUUCUCUGCCAGACCGUGAACAAGCAAGUCGGAGAUAUAUUUAGUAGUCCCGAGACUGUAAUGGCCAAACUUAUCCAGAGUAUCUUUGAAGUCAGACUUCAGAGCUAUAUAAAAGACCAGUUGGAAGAACAUAAAAAAUCGGACGCAGAGCAAUAUCUUCAGACCCUCUAUGACCUUUAUACAAGGACGACUAAUCUUUCCAGCAAAUUGAUGGAAUUUAACUUGGGCACUGAUAAGCAGACUUUCUUGUCUAAGCUUAUCAAAUCCAUCUUCGUUUCCUACCUGGAGAAUUAUGUCGAGGUGGAAAUUGGUUAUUUGAGAAGCAGGAGCUCUGUGAUAUUGCAGCGCUACUAUGAUUCGAAAAACCACCACAAGAGAGCCAUCGGAAGUGGAGGUAUUCAGGACCUCAAAGAGAGAAUCCGGCAGCGGACCAACCUGCCUUUGGGCCCGAGCAUCGACACCCAUGGUGAAACCUUCCUGUCCCAGGAAGUUGUGGUUAAUCUCUUGCAAGAAACUAAACAGGCUUUUGAAAGGUGCCACAGGCUCUCUGAUCCUUCAGAUUUGCCGAAGAAUGCCUUCAGAAUUUUCUCGUUGCUUGUGGAGUUCUUAUGCAUCGAGCACAUUGAUUAUGCUUUGGAAACCGGGCUGGCUGGUAUUCCUUCGCCAGACUCCAGGAAUGCGAACCUUUAUUUCCUGGAUGUGGUCAACCAAGCCAAUACCAUUUUCCAUCUCUUUGACAAGCAGUUCAAUGAUCACCUGAUGCCAUUAGUCAGCUCCUCUCCGAAGCUCUCGGAGUGCCUUCAGAAGAAAAAGGACAUUACAGAACAAAUGGAGGUGAAGCUGGACAUGGGCAUCGAUAGGACGCUGAACUGCAUGAUUGGACAGAUGAAACACAUCUUGGCCGUGGAACAAAAGAAGACAGACUUCAAACCUGAAGACGAGAACAACGUUAUGAUUCAGUACACUAAUGCCUGCUCCAAAGUCUGUGCCUACGUCCGGAAGCAAGUGGAAAAGAUCCGGAACUCCAUGGAUGGCAAGAACGUCGACACCGCCCUGAUGGAGUUCGGAGUCCGUUUCCACCGGCUCAUCUACGAGCACCUCCAGCAGUAUUCCUACAGCUGCAUGGGCGGCAUGCUGGCCAUCUGUGACGUGGCCGAGUACAGGAAGUGCGCCAAAGAGUUCAAGAUCGCGCUGGUCUUGCAGCUUUUCGACACGCUCCACUCCCUUUGCAACCUCCUUGUCGUCGCUCCGGAUAACUUGAAGCAGGUCUGCUCCGGAGAGCAGUUGGCUAUUCUGGACAAGAACAUCCUGCAUUCCUUUGUACAGCUUCGCCUUGACUACCGAUCUGCUCGCCUUGGUCGCCACUUCAGCUGAGAGGG